AUGCAGGUAAUCGUUGAUCGACAACGGGGUGCGACUUGGGACAAAUCCAGGUCAUCGAGGACCUGCAGGCUGCAGGUGGUAUUGAGUUCGUACUCCGUAGAGAGCACACCGACCGACGAUGUUUUCACGGCAUCGAGGAAAUACUUCGACGAAAGACAGGUGUUAGUGUCGGCGAAGGUCGCUGGUCGCUGGUCGCUGGUCGUUGGCUGUCAGCAAAGAAGAAAUGGGAGGAAGAAGGAGAAACGUGGUCGAAGUUCUGCGGCAGGUCUAUUACUGGUCAAAUUGGGCUUAGUCGAGACACCAGCCCCCAGCCCAAAAGGGGGCUCGCAGGCUAGCGGGUCUAGCUGCCGCAUGGAUUUUGCCCCAACCCAACGGUGGCCCUUCACGCUGCACAACCCCACCCCUUUGCUCUCGGUCAGUCCCCUCUCCCUGCUUCUCUCACUGCCAAAAGACCCCUCUACUGUAUCUCACUUUGUCACAUCUCAUCGCUAUUUCGCACCUGUUGGCUUUCAUUUCGCAGAUCGCACCUCUUCAGGUUCUGUUGCGAUGUUUGAUGUAUCUUGGGUCGAUCCCACAAGGGAAACCGUUGGCCAGCGAAAGAACAGAAAAGAGCACUCGAUAAGCGCCAGAAAUGUUUCAAGAAGAUCUUCAAUCCAUAGCUCGGGAUCGGGAUCGACAGAAUCUCCAAGCACCAAAACCAAGCCGUCCCUUUUGAACAUUUUCGGCAGCGUCAAAACACCUUCUUUGAGCCGAACUGGAUCGCAUCCCAAAUCUUCCAGCUUGAGAGUUCAAGAUGCUUCCAAAGCAUCAAGAAGAAUCUCUAGCUAUACUGUUACUUCAGACACAUCUACCCAGGAGUUCUCUGACCCGACAAGCACCCCAAGAUUCCCUGCCAAUGGGUUCUUCAACGGUCCAUAUCUUUCCGAUAACCAGUCAGCCCUAUCAGAAGUAUCGGAAUCCGUAUUUUCAGGGCGGACAAGUCGAUCAAGGAAGACAGAGUCCACGUGGAGCUCUGUCGAGUCAACCACCAGCGGUAGAAGUGUUCAGCCCUUGAGUCCAAUAUCAUUUGUAACGCAAAGUACAGAAGUCACAAUAUCCCCAAGCAACAGCGUGAAAGCCGUAGAACAGCUAGCCACGGUCGUGCGGAUCUCCUCAGUUGUUCCAGUCGUCAAUCUCCCCAAGAGGUCUUCGUCCGUCACAUCAAAAGAGAGUCAAUCAACUAGCUUCACGGCCGCCUCGAGAGGACAGAAAGAUUCGUGGAAGCCGCCCGAGAUAUGGGAAUGUCUCGAUGAUGAGGAUGUACUACCAAGGGCCACAGUGCCGGAAUUAUUUGUGCCUCCGUUUCGACAGGCGGACAAAAAGAGACGAGAUGGUCCUCGGCAGAGACCGCCACCAGUCGAGCUACAGCUCUUGCAGAGGAACAUCAGAAGGAUGGAAGCAGCCAGCCCGAAGAUCAUCCUCGAACGCCUCAAGGAAGAAUGGGUUGAGGUCGUAGAUGCAUCUGUGUACCGAGAAUUAGAGCUGGAGAAGCAGCUGUGGAUGCUGUUUGCAUUGCGCAGUCUCAAGAAGAAGUCGAGCAUGACUCAUGAAUCGGAUACCAACGUUCCUGCUUCCGGCAUUGCGAAAACCUUGUCACUGUACGAAAAUCAUGCAUCAUGUUCCAUCCUCUCCGCCCUCACAACAGCAAAAGAAGUCCACCACCUCUCCCCUACCCCUCUCUCCCCAAAAUCCUACCCUAACAUCCACCCCCUCGCUGUCCCCGGACUAACCUCCCAACUUCCCUACACCUCCAACCUCUUCACCUCCAUCCAAGCCUUCUGCUUGCCUGCCCUCCUCCCCGCCGCCUCGCUCCCGCUAAUCCUCAAAGAAUGCCACCGAACACUCGUCUCCGCCCCCUCACCGCCCUCUCCCACCGAACCUACACCUUGCUCUUCAACAACGACUAUUGUCCCUAUAAAGCCAAUACCACAAACAGGAAAAGGUGGGACUUUACAUCUCACGAUCCUCGACCCGUCGCCUUUGCCCGCUACGCUUGGUCCUCGAUUACGAGCAUGGCUCGACAAUCAUCUUAUCCUGAAUUUGGAGCGACAGUUUCGGUGUAUCAAUCCUAGUCGCCUGUUCCCGAUCUGGCUUGCCGAUGCAGGAUUAAGGGCCGAAGGAAGCACGAUCGUGAACGUGCGAUUCUUUGCCUUCGUGGGAACGGACAUGGCUAAUGGGGAGGACGAAGCAGACAGGACGAAGCAGGAAUUAAAGAGCGUCGCGGGCAGGAUGCUGUGGAAGGAGAUGUGGGGUGGGUAUGUGGAGGGGGAGAAGUGGUGGUGGGAUGACGAGGUUGUAGUCGAGGAGUGCGAGAGGAUGGGGACCUGUUGGGAGUAUGCUGUUAUUGAGGGGGUGAAAGAGGGGUAA